AUGUGGCUUCUUAAGAAUGAGCUUAAGACCCUUGAUGUUGCUCAUGUAGGAAAUAACAAGAGCAUGUUCUCUUUGAUUAUGCCAUAUUCCGAUCCUAUUUCCCGAGUCAUCAACAAGCUUAACACCGAAUAUGGAAGUGCUCGGGAUAUUCAGAACAAUGAAGAUCGCUCUAGGUACUUUUGGGCCAUUAACUCUGCAAAAAAGAUGCUAAAAGAGCUUGAUACAGUACACUAUGCUGGCUUGGCGGUUUAUACCAGGACUGUUUUGAAUGAGGAAGGCCACGAAGUUACAUAUACUAGAAAAUUUGAGCCAAACUUUGAGCCAUUCGGGCCCAUGACCGCAUCUCUUUAUCAGUUCGACAGCAGGUUUCAUAUUGCGGCUCUCCAGCGACUUCUUGAUGAAGAUGACUGUUAUGGCGUCAUAGUUAUGGACAGAAAAUGUAUUAUGUUCGCAACUAUAAGAGAUAAUCGUCAUGAGUUUCACGACACUUACACGUUCCUUAUUGAGCUCAUGUGGUCGCACCAAGUCCGAGUGGACAUGGCAUACCUGUCCUAUUAUGACAAGGUUGAAGAACUUGCCACAAAGUACUUCACUUCGAAUAGUCAUCCGAAUAUGAAAGGUUUGAUACUUUGUGGGGAUGCACGUUUUCUGGAUGCUCAAGACAGCGGUGAUGGUUGUUUGGUCUUGCCUAUUUAG